AAUGCUGUGGAGACGGGAGUAGAACAGAGUUGAGUAGGUUGAAGGCAGUAAAAAAAAAAAAAACAUAACAGGUGUGAGGAAUUCAGGGGUUUCCAACAUGGCAUCAUGCGAUACCCUGUACAUCGAAACGGACGGCUCAGAGAUGCCAGCUGAGAUAGUGGAACUCCAUGAAAUCGAAGUGGAGACCAUAGAGACAACAGUUGUUGGAGAGGACGACGAUGAACAGCCCAUGAUCGCUUUACAGCCCCUUGACUCCGAUGAUCCACACUCAAUGCAUCACCAUCAUCAGGAGGUAAUAUUGGUGCAAACACGAGAAGAGGUGGUUGGUGAAGAUGAUUCGGACAUGCACGGAGACGAUGAUUACGAGGACCAAAUUCUUAUACCUGUCCCAGUCCCUGCCGCCGAAGAGGAAUAUAUCGAACAAACUCUAGUGACUGUCGCCGGGAAGAGUUCGGGGCGAAUGAAGAAGGGGGGAAGCGUGAGGAGAAAUAAAAAGAGUUACUUGGGUGCACCGGAGGCCAGUGGUAGAAAAUGGGAACAGAAACAAGUACAGAUAAAGACUUUGGAAGGAGAGUUUUCGGUGACCAUGUGGGCAUCGGAUGACAAGAAGGAAAUUGACCAUGACACUAUGGUGGAGGAGCAUGUCAUCGGGGAGAGUUCCCCUCCCGAUUACUCCGAGUACAUGACAGGGAAGAAGCUCCCGCCUGGAGGCAUCCCAGGGAUUGACCUGUCAGACCCCAAACAGCUGGCAGAGUUCGCCAGGAUGAAGCCACGGAAAAUAAAGGAGGACGACUCUCCCAGGACGAUAGCCUGCCCCCACAAAGGGUGCACUAAAAUGUUCAGGGAUAACUCGGCGAUGAGGAAGCAUUUGCACACCCACGGACCGCGUGUUCAUGUCUGCGCCGAAUGUGGAAAGGCCUUUGUUGAAAGCUCUAAACUGAAGAGGCAUCAACUUGUUCAUACCGGAGAGAAGCCUUUCCAGUGCACGUUUGAGGGCUGCGGUAAGCGGUUCUCUUUGGACUUUAACUUACGCACGCACGUGCGGAUUCACACUGGAGACCGACCCUACGUCUGUCCGUUCGACGGCUGCAACAAGAAGUUUGCCCAAUCUACCAACCUCAAGUCUCACAUCCUCACACAUGCUAAAGCUAAAAACAAUCAGUGAACCAACUAACCACUGUGAGGGGUACGCCCCCAUAUCUUCGCCUAAUGUACAGAGAAGAAAACAACAAACUCUAAUGAUGCUUAACACCAACCCUGCCACCUUGGCACGAUCUUGAAAGAAAAGCAUAACGUUUCUUCUUGUGAAGAUAGGAAGUUCUUGGACCUGCAACCGAUAAGACAAGUUAUUUAUAAUGCAGCACCCAAAGAGAAGGAAUUGACAUUUUAAAGUUAUGUUCUCCAUCAGCAUAGCAAAAUAAUUGCUUUUAAAUUUUGUACCCUUUUUUUAAGUGUGCAUAUUGUACACUUUCUCUGGCUUAGUGGUAUUAUGCAUGUUUGUUUUCCCUAGGGAUUGAAAUCUAUGAUGGCUCUUGGGAGGAGAAUUUUCAGUUUAUUGUACUUCCUUGCUUUUCCCCCCUGUAAAACGUUUAUUUGGAUGGGUAGGGGUGUUCUUUACAGAUUUUCAUUUUGUAUAAUUGUAACGUACACAUAUAUUGGAAUCAUGUAAAUAAUGGCAAUGUGAUUUUAAGUAGUGGUUUUCUUUUAUCCCUGCACUGCCAGAGAGCAAAAACAUGUCGUAUCCAUCAAAUCCUUUCUGUUUAGUUGAACACACAAUACAACCAGAACUGGUGAAACAAUUGCGUUAUUUAAAUAUUUUUUACAGGCACAAUUAACUUUCGCUAAUAUUGACCUCCCCAAUAAGCGGCCAAUAAAAACCUGUCCAUAAGCAA